AUGGAUAAUACGUACCGUACACGUCUACAGAUCCGAACAAAACUCCUCAAAGCAGAACGCUACGAAGUCCUCGCGUGCAACCCAGAAGCCGUCCCUGCAGUCCAAGAACUCUACGAAUGGCUCAUAGGAACAUACCUGCCCCAACGCUUCCCAAGCCUGUACCGCAUCACAGAAUCAGGCAAGCAUCUGCGGAAUCACGUCACAGAUACCCUCAUCCCACUACACAUGCCCAACGGGGAAGAAGCACUAGAGAUCCUAGGUGCGAACAUCGACACGGAAUUCCUUUUACUCACUCCUUCCCCUUCUACAUCUUCACCUACUAGUCCGACGAAAUACGUACUAACAGCCUUCGUAAACUGCUUUCCAAGCGGCUUCAACACGCGUUCAAAACUUGGUCAACUCCUCGCUGACAUCCACGCUCCCGUACCAGGUUACGCAGCAAAGCUAGAGAAGAGCAUGGAUCGUUUCUUUGCCAAUCUACCCGUGGGCAAGAUCGUUAAGCGGAGUAAUUGGAGCAUCAGUACGAAUGGGGAGCUGUUCUGCUUGCAGGGUCAUCAUAUGAGUGAAGAGGAGAUGCAAAGAAAGCAAGAGGUGGAGGAUGUAGAGGAUGUUGAUCUGAACAAGUCGGUAGUAAGGUACGUUUGGCUGGAUUUGUUAGCUGGAUUCGGCUAA